AUGUUGACAUGGCAAGUACUUAGGAUUUGUCGGUUAAUCCAACGGUUGAGUGAAUAUUUUUCUUUCUUUCUUUCUUUCUUCCUUUCUUCCUUUCUUUCUUUCUUUCUUUCUUUCUUUCUUUCUAUUAUUCUUUCUUUCUUUCUUUCUCAUCUGCUUUCUUUCUUUCUUUCUUUCUUUCUUUCUUUCUUUCUUUCUUUCUUCCUUUCUUUCUUUCUAUUAUUCUUUCUUUCUUUCUCAUCUGCUUUCUUUCUUUCUUUCUUUCUUUCUUUCUUUCUUUCUUUCUUUCUUAUAUAUCAUCAUUUUUCAUUCUUUCUGAUCUAUUAUUUUCUUUCUUUCUUUCUUUCUUUCUUUCAAUGCAUUCCUUGUUUGUCGUUGUCAUUUUCUUUCUUUCUUUCUUUCUUUCAAUGCAUUCCUUGUUUGUCGUUGUCAUUUUCUUUCUUUCUUUCUUUCUUUCUUUCUUUCGAUGCAUUCCUUGUUUGUCGUCAUUUUCUUUCUUUCUUUCUUUCUUUUUUCUUUCUUUCAAUGCAUUCCUUAUUUUUCGUCUGUCAUUUUUCUUUCUUUCUUUCUUUCUUUCUUUCUUUCUUUCUUUCUUUCUUACUUUCUUUCUUUCUAUGCACUCCUUGUUUGUUGUUGUCAUUUUCUUUCUCUUUCAUCUAUUCUCUCUUUCUUUUCUUUCUAUCUCAAUUCUAA